CAGACACAACACAGACUCUUACAAAUGGAUACAAAUAUGCCUAAAACUCAACCAUCCUCCUCACUCUCUCUCUCUCUCUCAUCCACACUCGCACUGGUCUACAGUGUACACUCCGACACACUCUCUCAUAGAAGAGCUUGAGGUUCUUCUUUAAUGGAGUUACGUGCAUCUACUUUCUCUUGGUCGAACUCUAUACUUACAUCGUUUCACAUUUCGCAACCCGUAUCUAUGUGUCGGACCAAGAAAUUUACUGUUCUGUGUCUCGACACCGACAAAAACGACGAUGGCUUCAACAAAUCUCAGAAGGAAAAUCAGAUGGUUGUAUCAAUAACAGGGGCUACGGGUUUUGUAGGUAGAAGAUUGGUCCAAAGGCUGCAUGCAGAUAAUCAUCGUGUUCGUGUUUUGACACGUUCUAGAUCAAAAGCACAAUCGAUUUUUCCUGGUAAGAAGUUCCUUUGUCUGCUUUGUGGUACCUGUUUAGUGAGGGACUUUCCAGGAAUUGUAAUUGCAGAGGAACCUGAGUGGAGAGAUUGCAUUCAGGGGUCAUAUGCUGUUGUUAAUUUGGCUGGAAUGCCUAUAAGUACAAGAUGGUCUUCUGAGAUCAAGAAAGAGAUCAUGCAAAGCAGGAUAAGCAUUACCUCCAAGGUAGUGGAUAUAAUAAAUGGCUCACAAGAUGUUGUCCAGCCUGCAGUUUUGGUCAGUGCAACAGCCGUUGGUUAUUAUGGCACUAGUGAAACUCAAGUAUUUGAUGAGCAAAGUCCAUCUGGAAACGACUACCUGGCUCAGGUCUGUAGAGAAUGGGAAUCAAGGGCACUCAAAGUGAAUAAAGAAGUUAGAUUGACACUCAUUCGCAUAGGUGUAGUUCUUGGAAAAGAUGGUGGUGCUUUGGCGAAAAUGAUCCCUCUUUUCAUGGUGUUUGCUGGUGGACCUCUGGGCAGUGGAAAACAAUGGUUUUCUUGGAUUCAUUUGGAUGACAUAGUGAACCUAAUUUAUGAAGCUUUAUCAAACCCAUCUUAUAAAGGAGUUAUCAAUGGAACAGCACCAAAUCCAGUUCGACUGGCAGAGCUGUGUGAGCAGUUGGGGCACAUCAUGGGCCGGCCCUCAUGGUUGCCUGUUCCAGAUUUUGCUCUCAAAGCAGUUCUUGGUGAAGGUGCCUCUGUUUGUAGGUUUUGGAAGGGCAAAGGGUACUUCCACAGAGAGCUAAAGAGCUGGGUUACUCUUUCAAAUACCCCUUCGUAAAAGAUGCACUGAAGGCCAUUCUUUCAUCGGAGAGCUGAAGAUGACAUGUUUAUACUAAUGCACUUAUUCUUUAUUCUUUGUCUUGGAAGGCAUCAAACUUCUUCAAACUUAGAAGGCAAGUAGUGAUCACUUUAUUUUCAGGGUUGUCAAAUCAAGAGAAGCUGAGUAUGUUUCUUUAUAUAGAAAAUUUGGUGUUGGUGUCUA